CGCUAUUCGAAGCGCAUUUCUCAAGUGCAACCGCUAUAAACUCCACGGACACCUGGUGGCCAUGGCCGACCUCGACCAUGCUCAGACAUAACUAAUCGCAACCCGUCAUCUAAUGGGCUCUUUCUGCAUGAUCAGUCUGCCCAAGACAGAUUAAACGCACUUCUGAGUCGAGACGACCCCGACCUGGAAACAUGCUCGCAUCGGCUUAACAUCCUCGCCAUCGGGGUCGAAGCACCCAAGGACGACUUCCCCGUCCCCAUGACGCUCUACUACUGGUUGCCGCCCACCGUCCGGGCCAUUACCAGAGUUACUGUGGCUCCGCGUCUGUUCUCCGUGAUGAAGGAGUGUGUCUCCCUGGGCACAUUCUUCGUGGGCGACGACCUCGACCUGUCCGAGAUCUUUACGAGGCUCCUUACGGAGCGAGGCGAGAGUCCGGAAUCACUGACGCCGCAGGUCCUUGCGGACCUGAUCGCCGCUGGAGAGGUCUCGGUGCCGACGAAAGGAACCUUUAUGCGCUUCUUCUCGUUUCCUGUAUUCAGCGACGACCCCUCUCCUUCAGCAGUCUCCGGCGAGGGUGAAUUUCGGGUGUGGAAGUGGGUGAAGCGGGAAAGUAUAGACGUGUGGACCCAACAGCGGAAUCGACCCCACAAUGGAAUUUUGGCACCACCAUCACCACCAUAAUAAAAG